GGGGUGGAGCGUCUUAGAACAGAUUCGGGAGGGAAUGGAAGCUGGGGCUUCAGCGCAAGAACCUGCGAGAGGGGGUGCUUAAGGAAACAGAAGUGCUGGGUCCCAGAGCGUGGUCCAGGGUCACAAUCUCCCGGGUUCCCUUUUGGGUAGUAGAAGCAGCAGGCCAGAUCGCCGCGGCUCCCCAGAAAAGAAGGCUGGCCACCAGUGCUGAAGAACCCCUCUGACCACUCGAAUCUGCAGACUUCCCGGACCGCGAAGCCAGUCCCCAGCUGUGACGCUGAAAUUUGAUCCCGUGGGGAUACCAUCGCAUUAAAACGCGCGGAGCCUAAAGACCUGCAAGAUGGAGGACGGUGGGAACCUGGGGAACCUGACAAAAGUGGUCCAUCUACUGGUGUUGUCAGGGGCCUGGGGCAUGCAAAUGUGGGUGACCUUCGCCUCAGGCUUCCUGCUUUUCCGAGGGCUUCCCAGACAUACUUUUGGUCUUGUGCAGAGCAAACUCUUCCCUUUCUACUUUCACAUCUCCAUGGGCUGUGCCUUCGUCAACCUCUGCAUUUUGGCUUCACAGCAUUCCUGGGCUCAACUCACAUACUGGGAAGCCAGCCAGCUGUGCUUGCUGCUCCUGAACUUCACACUGGCCACCAUCAAUGCCCGCUAUCUGGGACAUCGAACCACAGCUGCCAUGUGGGCCCUGCAAAUGGUGGAGAAGGAGCGGGGCCUGGGCCAGGAAGUGCCAGGCAGUCACCAGGGCCCUGACCCCUACCACCAGCUGCGGGGGCAGGACCCCAAGUACAGUGCUCUCCGCCAGACCUUCUUCCACUACCAUGGCCUAUCCUCCCUUUGCAACUUGGGCUGCCUCCUGAGCAAUGGGUUCUGUCUCACAGGCCUUGCCCUGGGCCUCAGGAGCCUCUAACUCCCACUGCCUUUCUGGCAGCCCAAAUGUCAAUAAACACUUUUUUUUCGA